AUGGUUUUUACAUCAUUACCAGUCGCUACAGCAAUAACUGAUUGUCGACCUGACAAAAUAAUUAGUUUUGGUGCUCGUUUAAAAAAAGCAACUUUAAUCUUUCUUGGUCAAGGAAUGUCAUCGUUUGGCGUUAAGACAUGUGGUGAUUAUUUAUAUAGUGGUCAUACUUGUACACUUAUACUUGCAACACAUUUCAUCAACGAAUAUUCUCCACGUUCAUAUCAUAUACUCCAUUUUCUCAGUUGGGUAUUCGCAUUAACUGGUAUGUUUUUUAUUUUGGCUGGUCACCAACAUUAUUCUAUUGAUAUUCUUAUUGCGUGGGUACUUAGUUCCCGUCUAUUUAUUUAUUAUCAUACUCUUGCUAAUAAUCGAACGUAUUUUCAAAGGGAUAAAAAUCGUAUGAGAAUAUGGUUUCCAUUUUUUUCUUACUUUGAAGAGAAUGUUAAACAAGCAUUACCUAAUGAAUAUAUUUCACCAAAAAUUAUCUGUGAAGCACGGACGAUGCUCAACAGCUGGUUUGAUAAAGUACGAUAUCCAACAGAUUAACAAUUUUUGACUUCUUUAUUUUUUUUUUCAUUUUUCAUUUAUUUCAUUAUUAACACCAGUAGUCUUUCGUUGAAAAAAUAAGACAUUUCUUUUGUAUUCCUUUAAAUUAAAAUCGAACUCUUGUUCUUUUGUUUACUGUAAUUACUUAAUCAAAUUUGAAAAAAAACAAAAUUUUCUUUUUCCACACCGGUUAUAUAAUUCCCGU